ACAUGUCUAUAGUCAUGAAAAUAAAGAAAUUAAUCGUAAUUUCACCAUGAUCUUGACUCUGAAUAUUCACAAAUAAUUGUAUUUCUUAUUGUUGAGAGAUUGAUCUUUCUAAAAAUUCGUGUAUUUUCCAAUCAUUUGAUGAUUGAGACACUUUCUGUUGACUUUCAAAUUCCAUUCCCGAUUCAGAGCACUGCUUUUCCGCUCGAAGAUUUGCGUGCCAUAAUUUGUGGUGAAGAUGUUUGGUUAGAAAUGGGAGCCGUUCGGGAGUUUCUGGAAUCUCUGAAGAGCCCACAUUUGGUGGUGAAAGUGCAGGAAUUCUUCGGGAUAGUGUACAAGGACGAGCCACAGACUCCCGCGUCGUCGAAUGGCGUGACGAAGAGCCCGCGCAGGCGACGCACGGCGGAAAAAUCGACGGACAAGGAGACGGCCAGGAGUCACGAGAGCAAGGACGAUGACAGCAGCGCUGCCGAGGAGGAGCUCCGGUGCCGCAUCACCAACAGAUUCUGGUACUACCUGUUCGUCGUGGGCACAGAGCUGGGCGACGAGAUCUUCUACGCCUCCUUCAUCCCGUUCUGGUUCUGGAACAUCGACGGCGCCGUGGGGCGACGGAUGGUGAUGGUGUGGGCGCUGGUGAUGUACGUGGGCCAGGGUCUCAAGGACGUGAUCAGGUGCCCGCGGCCGGGACACCCGGUGCAGAAGCUGCAGACCAAGUGGGCGCUGGAGUACGGCCUGCCAUCCACGCACGCCAUGGUGUCCGUGGCGAUUCCCUUCUCGGUGCUGAUCUACACGCUGGACAGAUACCAGUACUCCGCCUGUGCCGGCAUCGCCGUGGCGCUGGUCUGGAGCAGUGUCAUCUGCCUGAGCCGCAUCUACCUCGGCAUGCACAGUGUGCUGGACAUCGCCGCCGGGCUGUUCUUCACGGGCAUUCUGCUCUUCCCGCUGAUUCCACUGGUGGACUGGGCGGACCAGCACAUCCUGUCGCAGCGCUUCUCGCCGGCUCUGCUCACCGUCGUGUCCAUCCUCCUGAUCGCAGUCUAUCCCAGCGCCGAUCGCUGGACUCCCACGCGCGGCGACACCACGCUGUGCUUGGCCGUGUGCGUGGGAAUCCACGUGGGCGCGUGGAUCAACUACCAGGCUGGCGACAUGAAGGUGCCCGCCGCGGCGCCGCCCUAUCCCGUCAUCUGGCCGUCGCACGGCCUCCUCGGCCAGAUCCUGCUGCGCACCGUGCUCGGUCUGUGCGCCAUCGUGGCCACCAGAGCCAUCGCCAAGUCCGUCUCCUACGCCUUCAUCUGCGCCGUGCUCGGGAAGUCACGCGACCAGAUCCGCCACAGCGCCGACACGCUGGAGAAUCGCACGAAGAUCUUCGUGGAUCUAUUCUACAAGUACUUCACGUACUUCUGGAUCGGCUUCAACACGCAAUAUCUGCUGCCUAACUUCUUCAAGCUGCUCGGCAUCGGCCGGCCGGACUUCUACACGGAAAUCUGAGCCAACGAAAUCAUUCCUGAAGUCAAUCAAAAGUGCACAAGAAUCUUCCAGAGAGAGAAAUAGAGUUGUUCAUUGGAUCCAAUUUUAGAAAGUCAUUCCGUCCGAGUCAGGAUUUGCCAUAAUUUCUCUCUUUCGCAUCGCAGUCAAAAGAUCCUUUUGUUUUUGCUAAGAAAAUCAUCAACAUUUCAUGGAACAACUCUGUUCAACGCUGAAUCGCUUAACAGCCAAAAACCAAUACACACAAUUUAUCUCUAGUCAUAUAUUGAAGAUGCUCUGCGAACGCCAGUGAAGCCAUGAAAAGUCAUCACACGAGAAGCAAUCGAAUUGCAUUACACUUUAUUGCCUUAACUGUUUUCUUUUCUUCUUUUCUCCUCCUUCAAACUUCCAUUAGAAUAUUUCCAGUAACAAAGUAAAAUAGUUGUUCUUUUAUCUCAUUUUUUUUCCUACACAUUUUCUCUCUCAAAUAUUAUCAUUAUUAAUAUUCUUAUUAAAUAUAUUAUAGCUGUUUAAGUAUAAUGAGGCACUUUUUGUAAACUAUUUUUUUUUUCAUAUAAAUAAAACUUGUUGAACAAU